AUGACGGUGUCGCCACUGCCCCCGCAUUGGGUGGUGCGCGUUUCUCGGUCCAAAGGAAAGGUCUACUACUACCACGAACCCACGCACACGACGCAAUGGGUGCGUCCUGAUUCUACGUCCACCCAGGGCCAGUACAAGCGCUUGAAACGUGACGAUGCCGACGAUCGCACCGAACCGACACUUGGAGAGCACCCGAAUGACCGAGAGCAUCAGACAGUACAAGAACACCAUACGAAACAAGAGCAUCAGGCGAAACAAGAACAUCUGACAGAACAAGAGCAUCUGACGGAACAAGAGCAUCAGACAAUACAAGAGCAUCCGGCAAUACAAGAGCAUCAGACGGAACAAGAGCACCAGACGGAACAAGAGCAUGUACUGGAGACUAUUGUCCGAGCGUCUAUGCGCGUUGGAGGCAGCUCUAUCAACCAACCAAAGAGGAGUAACCAGCGCAAUGCCAGAAUAUUGUUCACGCCGUGGCCGCAUCAAGUGACUGCCGUCACGUCCGUCCUUUCUGCCAUUCAGGCACAAAAUAAGGACAACAAGGAACAAGAGACUGGACAAGAGAGCUCUCGGUUUUUAGUGCAACAUAGCACGGGCGCUGGCAAGACCUUGACAAUUGCAGCACUCGCGCAUCAACUAUUGUCGGUGAAAGACGUCCAGUGUCUGCAGUUCCACACGGUCGUGGUCAUGCUGGAUCGAGUCAAGCUGAACGAGCAAGUGGGCGAUGCUGUCGAGCGUUACCUGCGUCAAAACGGUGUGUUUGACGUAUUCCGAGCCUCGAGUAUUGACCACUUGGCUGCAGUGCUCGAUGUAUCGACACGACAACAGCAGCAGCAGCAGCAAAGUCCACAGCGAGUGAUCAUUACGACGAUACAAAAGAUGGCGUUGCUGGUGAAAGAUGACGUGCUAGUGACGAGGCUGCUACAUCGAAGCUUGACGAGAGCUGGCAAGAGUCAAGAUGAGAUGGAGGAUAAGUUCCAGCGCGUUGCAAUCAUCACGGAUGAAGCCCAUCGAUCGCAUACGUCGUCGACACGGGACGCUAUUGAGAAGGCCAUGAAAGCUGGAGAAGGCAGUUAUGCGCACCUUACGUUUAUUGGUUUCACAGCAACACCAAACACUGAUGCGCUCGAGCUAUUUGGUUCCCGAACAAAAGACGAGUAUCUUCGUCCGUUUCACUGUUAUCCGAUCGCACAAGCCGUAGCAGAUGGUCGCAUCAUGAAUGUACUCGAGGAUUACACAUGCAUUCGUUGUGAAGUCGAAACCUCCGUGUUCCCCGAGUCUGUGCACGAUUUGUUUCGACUACAUCGUGGUGCUAGACGUCGCAUCCUGGACGUCGCAAGUGACGAUGUUGCUGUUCUUAAGGCUAAGGCACUUCUUAUGAUGACGGAUUUUCAGGCUAUGAAACGAGAACACCCAAGAGUGAAGUGCAUGGUCGUCGUGCGAAGUCGCCUUGACGUUACGCGAUACUUCACGCUCCUCAUCCGAUUCGUUGUAACGAGAAAGCUUGGCUGGAUUUGUUACGCUGCUUUCAGUGGCACUGUAUCGUUGGACGGUGAAGAUGGAACGUCAAAGCUUGUAACGGAGUCGACAUUAAACAAGCGCGGCGUCACACUAGCUAUCAGCGACGUCAUUAUCGUCUGUGAUAAGCUAGACACGGGCUACAACGAGCCGUUGCUCGCGUGCAUGUACAUUGACCGCUAUUUGCGCUCCAGCGCACGCACAGUCCAGCUUCUUAGUCGUUUAAAUCGUCGUCACAAGGACAAGCCCAGAGUUCGUGUUUUGGACUUUGCCAAUCAUGUGGCACAGGUGCGACGGAGUUUUGCCGACUUCUGGAGAGCAUCGAAGGUGCCGCGGUCGGCUGAUGUGAUUGACGAUGCAGCCGAGCGUCAUGACCUGACAAGCGCCAUCGUCAUCUUGUGCGAUUACUUCCAGGAGCUGUAUUCGUCGCCGGUCAAAAUUGAGGAUCUGUGCACUUUUGUGUCUGAACGCGUAUUGCCAUUAGAGCGCGAUGCUUUUCAGCAAGUGCUCGACGCACUUCGUGAUGCCGUUUUGGCGUUUAAAAGACUCGAGCAAGCAGGGUGCACUUCCUUUUUCGAUUCAGUUUCUCCAUUCAGCUCCCAUUUACUGAAUGAGCUAAAGAGAGAGAUCGAGAGUCACGUUGUUGCCGUGGGAGAAGACGUCAGGUUGUCGCUUGAUAACGUUAAAGCCAAGAUGCAGGCUCGAGUUCAAAAGUACGACAGGUUCUUUUCGGGGUCUCUGUACCCGCAGUCGUUGUUGGACCGCCUGGAGUAUGGAACAACGUAUAAGAAAAUGACAUCAUGUUUGCUGCAGUUUGGAGAGCUAGAGCAAUUUGAAGCUCUCCUUUUAACAGCCUCGGCGCUUGACAACCAAUCUGCUGACUCUUCCGACGCGGCUGCAGUGAUACAAGCCAGUAAGGAACUCAAUCCUGAGUGUAAUGGGAAACAUUCGGCGGAAGACGAGCCACCGAGCAUGUCGAGACGGAUCGCUACGAUGCAAAAGGAGCUCGCUGUAUGGUUGCAUAGCGGCCAACUCAAGGGGUGUGAUCAAUUAUUGCUGGAAAACGUAGUGUGA